AUGCUGGCGGUGGGGCAGAUGGACGGCAGCCCCCGGCAAAGCGCCUUCCUGCUCGGCAGCCCGCCCCUGGCCGCCCUGCACAGCAUGGCCGAGAUGAAGACCCCGCUGUACCCGGCGUACCCGCUGCCCGCCGGGCCGGCCUCCUCCUCCUCCUCCUCCUCCGCCUCGUCCUCCGCCUCCCCGUCCCCGCCGCUGGGCUCCCCCAACCCGGCCGGCCUCAAGCCGCCGGCCCUGGCCAGCCCCCCGCAGCAGCUCUCGGCCGCCACCCCGCACGGCAUCAACGACAUCCUGAGCCGGCCCUCCAUGCCCCUGGCCGGCGCCGCCCUGGCCUCCUCGUCGCCCUCCGGCCCCUCCUCGUCCCCCGCCGGCCUCCUGGCCGGCCUGCCCCGCUUCAGCAGCCUCAGCCCCCCGCCGCCGCCCCCCGGGCUCUACUUCAGCCCCAGCGCCGCCGCCGUGGCCGUGGGCCGCUACCCCAAGCCCCUGGCCGAGCUGCCCGGCAGGACCCCGAUCUUCUGGCCGGGGGUGAUGCAGAGCCCCCCCUGGAGAGACGCGCGCCUCGCCUGCACCCCCCAUCAAGGUUCAAUUUUGCUGGAUAAAGACGGAAAGAGAAAACAUACAAGACCCACUUUUUCUGGCCAGCAGAUUUUCGCCCUGGAAAAGACUUUUGAGCAGACCAAAUAUUUAGCAGGACCAGAGAGAGCCAGGCUAGCCUAUUCACUGGGGAUGACAGAGAGUCAAGUCAAGGUCUGGUUCCAGAACCGGCGCACCAAGUGGCGGAAGAAGCAUGCGGCCGAGAUGGCCACGGCUAAGAAGAAGCAGGACUCGGAGACCGAGAGGCUGAAGGGGGCCUCGGAGAACGAGGAGGAGGACGAUGACUACAACAAGCCUCUGGACCCCAACUCCGACGACGAGAAGAUCACCCAGCUGCUGAAGAAACACAAGUCGAGCAGCAGCAGCUUGCUCCUGCACACGUCUGAGAACGAGAGCUCCUCCUAAAGGGGGUUCCAGAGGAGGGGGCCGGGGCCCAGGCCGACUCGGAGGACACUUGCUAUUUUCUGAGAUGUUGUACAUAUCUAUUUUUCUAGACUUUAUCAGCUGACGAAGAGGAGGAAAGAGGCAGAAAAAGACGGCGAGUAAACAAACAUCCAAACCCAGCGCUCCCCUGCUCCUCUCGCCUGGCCCUUGGCCGCUGGUGCUGGCGCGGUUAUUGUAGGGUCGCAGGGGGGCUGUCUGAGUGCUCCCUCUUCUUUUGCAGACUUCAGAGCAGCUGAGGGGGGAAGGAGGGACCUACUUCCACCCACACAGCUCCUGCUGGGCGGACUAAAGCAACCUGUUGAAGGCUCUUUGUAAAUAAAUCGUGAGUCACACUGACUAUAGAAGUUACUUUACUGUGAAUAUUUAAAAUGUAAAAUACUUUUUUUUUUAAUAGAA